UGUCCGCUGAGGAUUGCCACAGGGAGUUCAUUGAGCAGGGGAUCAAGCAGCCCAGUUAGAACCUUCCCUGGAAAGAGGGACUGAAGGAUGGAAACUGAAAAUGAAAAAAAUCUGCUCUGAUUUCCUUAAAUUGCUGAUGAUCCAGACAGAUAUUUUCCAGUAGGUAAUGUGAAUCGAUUUAAUCUACCACAACAAAAGACAGCAUUGAAGGCGAUGUCUCUCGUUUCCUUAAUACUUUUUGCUUAGCACAUCCUUUUUGAGAGAGACAAGAAGAAGAAAUCUUGGUAACAGCAUUGGUCGCAACCACCUGCGUUCCCUUCUUUUGGAAGAGAUGCUCCUGGCUUUCCAGUUGGUCUCCUUCGCCUACAUCUGGAUUACAUCGAUGCCAAAUGCUUCUGCUGCUCCCGUCGCCCAGAAUCCGCACCAGCAGUGCUCCUCUUCCAUGGAGCAAGCCCGGGGCAGCAGACAAAACAAGUGGAAAGGUGACAGUACCAAAGUGUGGCGCCCAAAACACAAGCAGCUUCUCCACAUAGAGGAACACGAUUUUGCAAUGAGACCUGGAUUUGGAGGUUCACCGGUGCCCGUAGGUAUAGAUGUCCAGGUUGAAAGCAUUGACAGCAUUUCAGAGGUUAACAUGGACUUUACAAUGACUUUUUAUCUCAGGCAUUACUGGAAAGAUGAGAGGCUCUCCUUUCCAAGCAGAACAAACAAAAGCAUGACUUUUGAUCAUAGACUGAUCAAAAAGAUUUGGGUGCCUGAUGUCUUUUUUGUCCAUUCUAAAAGAUCCUUUAUCCAUGACACAACUGUGGAGAACAUCAUGCUGCGAGUACACCCGGAUGGAAAUGUCCUCUUCAGUCUCAGGAUAACAGUUUCAGCCAUGUGCUUUAUGGAUUUCACCAGGUUUCCUCUUGACACUCAAAAUUGUUCUCUUGAACUGGAAAGCUAUGCCUAUAGUGAGGAGGAUCUAAUGCUGUACUGGAAACAUGGAAACAAGUCCUUAAAUACCGAAGAGCACAUUUCCCUUUCUCAGUUCUUCGUCGAGGAGUUCAGUGCAUCCAGUGGAUUAGCUUUCUAUAGCAGCACAGGUUGGUACUAUCGGCUUUUCAUCAACUUCGUGCUCAGGAGACAUAUCUUCUUCUUCGUACUGCAAACCUAUUUCCCAGCCAUGCUGAUGGUGAUGCUUUCGUGGGUUUCAUUUUGGAUUGACCGAAGAGCUGUUCCUGCAAGAGUUUCCCUGGGAAUCACCACGGUGCUGACCAUGUCCACGAUCGUCACCGGCGUGAGUGCCUCCAUGCCCCAGGUGUCCUACAUCAAGGCUGUGGACGUGUACUUGUGGGUCAGCUCGCUCUUUGUGUUCCUGUCAGUCAUCGAGUAUGCAGCCGUGAACUACCUCACCACAGUUGAGGAGCGGAAGCUAUUCAAGAAGAAAGGGAAGAUUUCUGGAAUGUACAACAUUGAUGCAGUUCAAGCAAUGGCCUUUGAUGGUUGCUACCAUGACAGCGAGACUGACAUGGACCAGACUUCCUUUUCUCUACACUCAGAAGAGGACUCCAUGAGGGGAAGAUGCACAGGCAGCCCCAGCACAGAUUCAUCUCGCAUAAAGAGAAGGAAAUCCCUGGGAGGACAUGUUGGUCAAAUCAUUCUGGAAAACAAUCACGUUAUUGACACCUAUUGUAGGAUUUUAUUUCCUAUUGUGUAUAUUCUAUUUAAUUUGUUUUACUGGGGUAUCUAUAUGUAAAGAGGAAUUUUCAAUGCAUAAAACUUGUAUUGGAGUUGGAUUAUGUUUAAAAUGAAAACCUCUUAAAUGCAGGUUGGACUAUACUAGAUUGAACUGGAAGAGAACCAGUCAGGUCUCCUGACCUAAGGAAGGUUUGAAAGCUGAGUGAUUUUAGGAGGUUAAGAUUUUCAGAGAGACUUUGACUCCAUAAAUAAGAGUCAUAGGCAUGUGUAUUAUGGCAAAAAAAUUUUUUCCAUAGGGAAGGGUUUUUUUAAACUACUUCAUCUGAAUCCUUCUCUCUUAAUAAAAAUAUUCUUUAACUGGACUAAAGCUAGACUUUGCAAUAAUGCAAGGAUAUUUUAUUUCCUAGUGUCAGCAAAGUGCCAGAUUAUAUUACACCACUGACUUCUUAGGAAAGAACUCUCCAUCAAGAGAGAGUCUUUCACACUCACAGAGGCAAGAGUCCUAGGAAGAACUUCCCCCGUUUCCAAUGAUGUCUUUGAUCUUAUUCAAUUAAGUUUCAAGUAUUAUUGGGUUCAAGGGGGAAAAUGAUCUAAUCUUCACUCAGUCUUCAUUCUUAAAGUUAAAUUAAUAUUUUAGUUAUCUUGUACUUUGUAGAUAUGAUAUAGCUUUCAUAGCUUUUUGGAGGUAUUUAAUUAAUUACUUUAUUUAACAAAUGUUUUUGACCACCUACCCUACUUAGGUACUUAUAAGGUGUUAUGUACUGAAGUGCGAAUAUGAAAUAACACUCCUGUGUUGCUGACUGCACAGCUUAGCAAAAAUGGUGCACUGGUAGCUAUAAUGAACACACUGAUGUUAAAACAGUGGUGUGUGCACUGUGCCAUGGCUGAUCUGAAAGAGGGAGGAGAAUAUCUAUGAAGGCAAGUGGACUCUCAAUUUAUAAAUACUUUGGAGAGAUUUCCAGCUACCUGGGUGAAAAAAAAUGAAUUAAAUUUAUAUAUCCCAAAGUAAUCUGUAUUGGCUGAACCAAUAAAUUAGGUCAAGUGGGUAUUAAAUAAAUGUAUGUUAGGCAAGAAAACCUUCCAAUGAUCAGCAUUCCUUUUGCAGGUCAGCAGUGUGCAUGCUUUUGUGUGGAGUAUUUUGUGAAAAAGAUUGUAUUUUGAGAAAAACCCUUGUCAGGAAGCAUGAAAUAGUCCCCUUCCUGUUUUAAUUGCUGGGAUUGAAUUAAAAGGAAUAAAGUAAAUGAUGUAUUAUUUUUGAUAUAUUUCUUUUUAUUUCACUAUAAACCUCAACAAUUUGAAUUAUUUUAUACCAGAUGAAGAGACAAAUAAUUUCCUUCUUGUUUACCAAUACCGUCGGUUUUGCUUUUCUGUUGUCAGCCAAAAGGUUCUAAAAAAUCACCUUUCUCUUUGGUUCAAAAGAUUAAAAGGAAAAUUAUUUCUCUAUUUUG